AUGCUGACAGAGCUGGGGUGCUGCCUGCUGCUGGCAGUGGCACUGCUGGGUCCGGGACCCAGGGCCCGAGCCAUGAAAGGUGUCAAAUGUGGGGGUGUGCUCUCAGCACCUUCCGGAAACUUCUCGAGCCCCAACUUCCCCAGACCCUACCCCUACAACACGGAGUGCAGCUGGCUGAUCGUGGUGGCCGAGGGCUCCUCCGUGCUGCUCACCUUCCACGCCUUUGACCUGGAGUACCACGACACCUGCAGCUUUGACUUCCUGGAGAUCUACAACGGCGCUGCAGCAGAGCCGGGCAACCUGCUGGGGAGGUUCUGCGGCCAGGUGCCCCCACCACCCUUCACCUCCUCCUGGCACGUCCUGUCUGUCAUCUUCCACUCCGAUAAGCACGUGGCCAGCCGUGGCUUUUCUGCGGGCUAUCAGAAAGAUGUGUGUGGUGGUGUCCUGACGGGCCUAUCGGGGAUCCUCACCAGCCCUGAAUACCCGAACAAUUACCCCAACAACGUGGAGUGCCACUGGGUGAUCCGGGCCACUGGCCCUGCCACCGUCAAGCUGGUGUUCGUGGACUUCCAGGUGGAGGGCAGCGAUGAGUGUGCCUAUGACUACGUGGCUGUGCUCGGGGUGCCAGGCCCUGCCCACGGGCACCGCUACUGUGGCAGCUCCAGGCCACCCACCCUGGUGUCGCUGGGCCAUGAGCUGCAGGUGAUCUUUAAGUCCGACUUUAACAUCGGAGGCCGGGGGUUCAAGGCCUACUACUUCUCAGGAGAAUGCCAGGAGGUGUACACAGCUGUGCGGGGCAACUUCUCCAGCCCAAACUACCCCAGCUCCUACCCCAACAACAUCCGCUGCCACUGGACCAUCCGCCUGCCUCCUGGCUACCGGGUUAAGAUGUUCUUCCUGGACCUGGAACUGGAAGAGCCCAACAGCCUGACCAAGACCUGCGACUUUGACCAUCUGGCAGCCUUCGACGGGGCCAGCGAGCAGGCACCCCUGCUGGGGAGCUGGUGUGGCCGCUACCUGCCGCCCCCGGUCACCUCUAGCCGCAGCCAGCUCCUGCUCCGGCUGCACACGGACCGCAGCACCACCCUCAGGGGCUUCUCUGUGGCCUACAUCGGAGUCGUGCCCAUGAAUGUGAGCUGCUCCCGCACGGACUUCCAGAUCCUGAUCUCCACGCAGGCACUGGCCCCGCUGGGGCAGACCCAGGUCUACCUGGGCAGCCGGCGCUGUGCUGCCCAGGAGAUCGGCGGCACCUUCCGGAUCCAGGCCCGCUUCGACACCUGCGGUACCGAGUCUCAGAGAAGGAACAACACGUCAGUGAUCGUCAGCGUACUGUACAUCGCCUUCUCGGCCGCCGGGCGGGACAACACCCACGAGUACGAGGUCCGCUGCGAGCCCCGGCGCAAGGAGGCGUCCGUGCACCUGCUGUCCGGCUCCCACUGGCUCGGGCCCUACGCCGCCGCGGCCGAGCCCCUCCAGGAAGCGCCGCCCAGGGAUGAGGUGGAAGCAGUGGAGGUCCCCGUGGCCAUGGUGGCCCAGGACACCAGUGACAUUGUCUUCCUGGGCCUUUGCAUCCUGGCUGGAGUCCUCAUGGUCAUUGCCAUCGUGGUCCUGAUGCUGCUGUGA